AGGAGGGGUCUGAGCUGAGGCGUGGGGAGCCGCCUUGCCCCAGGCUGGGCAGGGAGAGAGGGAAGGGGAGCUGGUGAGGCCUCUCACCUGCCCGGGAGCACCUGACUUCCGAGCAGCUGACGUGGGUGCCGGUCCCUGGGCAAGGGCUGUGCCGGGUGCCUUAGGUGGGAGGGCAGUCCUGGGCUCAGGGCUGCUUUUGACCCUCCGAACCUGCCAUGGGCGUCUGGGCCACAGCGCGGGGUCUCGGGCUGUAGGGCCCGGCUGUGGGCUUCCCGCCUUCCCUGCCCCGGUCCUGGGGAUCAUGGAGUCCAACCUGCAGGGCACCUUCCUGCUGAACAACACGCCGCUGGCUCAGUUCUCGGAGGUGAAGGCGCCCGUGUGCCAGUACUCCGUGCAGAACUCCUUCUACAAGCUCAGCCCACCAGGGCUGGGCCCCCAGCUGGCCGCCGGGACACCCCACGGGAUCACAGACAUCCUGAGCAGGCCGGCGGCCACGCCAAACAGCAGCCUCCUCUCCAGCUACCCCCCCGUGGCUGGCUUUGGUGGACUGGGCUCCCAGGGGGUCUACUAUGGCCCCCAAGUGGGGAAUUUCUCCAAGGCUGGGAGCGAGUACCCCACCCGGACCCGGAACUGCUGGGCGGACACAGGCCAGGACUGGCGCGGCGGGCGGCAGUGCAGCCACACCCCGGACACCCUGAGCGACAGCAUCCACAAGAAAAAGCACACCCGUCCCACCUUCACGGGGCACCAGAUCUUUGCCCUGGAGAAGACCUUUGAGCAGACCAAGUACCUGGCUGGCCCCGAGAGGGCGCGGCUGGCAUACUCGCUGGGGAUGACCGAGUCACAAGUCAAGGUGUGGUUCCAGAACCGAAGGACCAAGUGGCGGAAGAAGAGCGCCCUGGAGCCCUCGUCCUCCACGCCUCGGGGCCCGGGCGGCACGGGCGCGGGCGGGGACCGCGCGGCCUCGGAGAACGAGGACGACGAGUACAACAAGCCGCUGGACCCCGACUCGGACGACGAGAAGAUCCGCCUGCUGCUCCGCAAGCACCGCGCCGCCUUCUCGGUGCUCAGCCUGGGCGCGCACGGCGUCUGACGCCCGCCCCGC